AUGGCAACAGACGAUGCACAACGCCUCAAACAUCUCAUCAGACGGAGAAGUGGAAUAAAAUCACACAUCACCAUGUUCGAGAGAUAUCUGGGAGGUUACGAACAACAGCCUAACCCCGCGAUGCUGAGGAGUAGAUUUCAAAGGAUGAGAGAAGUCUACUUAACCUUCGAAGAAAUUCAGGCGGCGAUCGAAGUAUUGCAAGAAGACGCUGAUCAUGAAACUGAGCGCUUCGAAGUAGAAGAGCGAUACAUCGAAACCAGUGUCACAACGGACAAAUGGCUGACCGAAUCCCAGCCGCCAACACCCAACGUCGCCGCAGCAGCCAGUUGCUGCACCCCUGCACUGUCAUCAACAGGACUGCAGGUAAACUUACCGAAGGCUGAUUUACCAAACUUCAGUGGUAAAUUCGAAGAAUGGCUAUCGUUCAAGGACAAAUUCACCUCGAUGAUCGAUAGUCAAGAUGCCUUCAGUAAGGUGCAAAAGUUCCAUUAUUUGCGAUCAGCUCUGUCGGGUGAAGCUGCGAAGGUCAUCGCAGCCAUGGAAACGACAGAGCAGAAUUAUAGCAAGGCUUGGCAACUGCUCCAAGAUACCUAUGCCAACGAAGGGCUGAUUAUUGCACGCCACACCGAUCUCUUGGUCGAAACGCCGUCAGUGGAACAAGAGACAGCUGCAGGACUCCGCGACUUCGUGAGUCACGUCUUGCAGCAUUUGAGAUCGCUGACCACACUCAACGUUCCAGUCGAACAUUGGGAUCAUCUCCUAAUGUCUAUUCUGCUGCCCAAGCUCGCGCAGCAGACCAGGAUGGCGUACGACAGCACGCUGAAGGAUAAGGAGACGCCAAAGAUUAGCGGUCUCAUGGAAUUCCUCCGCCAACGAUCACGGAGGCUGGAGACGACCGCGACCAGUAGGACAAACACCCAAACCAGCAGAGCAUCACCAAGGGUAUCACCCACGCCGCAGAGAAGACAAACAAAGAGAAUUCCCAACAUUUCUUCGAGGAAGGAUUCUAAAGUCUUCGUCACCACCACGCCAUUAAAAAAUUUGCCUUCGGACUGGACAUUCGACCCAAGAGUGUACUUCGUCCCAGUGCAGGAUCUGCAACUUGGGACACAACACACUCCUACAUCUGCCGAGGAGUGGGAGAAGAUCACCGACGCCACCGAAGAAGCAAGGAUCGACGACAGCUGCGGCAGUCACCAGCGCAACAUGACGCUCGACGCCAGGAAGGCCCUAUUGGAUACGUGUUCAACGGCCAAUUUCAUGUCUGAAAAAUUGGCGACCAGACUUCAUCUGAAGCAAAGAAGAUGCUCCAUCCCGAUUGGAGCGCUCAACCAGAUGACAACAUCAAGCAGCCACAUCGUGACGACAUCGAUACGAUCUGACAUCAACGGAUGGGAGAAAAGGCUCGAUUUCCUCGUCAUCCCGAGCAUUUCGGAGAUGGAGCCACAGCAGCCCAUUAACAGGAAUUCUGUCCAGAUUCCAGCAAAUCUGAAACUUGCUGAUCCAGAAUUCCAUAGGCCCGCACCUAUCGACCUUUUGCUUGGGACUGGUCCAACAUUGGCCUUGUUCAGCGUCGGACAAAUCAAGCUGUCGCCGCCACAAGGGCCGGACCUUAUUCUUCAGAAGACACUGUUAGGAUGGAUUCUUGGAGGUAGCAUCCUGUCUCCAACAAGCUGGGACAACGAGAAGUCUUCAACCUCCACGGACAUCCACCUCGAAAACGACAGAUGUCAUCAAACAUCUCACUGGUCCAGCGACGCUGAACAGUCUACAACGAGCCGAGACAACAAUGCAGCAUCAAAGAAUUGUCAACUCAGUCGAUUGGAAUUCGACAUGAAACAAUUCUGGGAGAUCGAAGAGGGACCAUCAACCCCUCAUCUCUCCUUGGAAGAAAGGGCCUGUGAGAAACACUUUCAGCAACACGUACAUCGAGACGUUACUGGAAGAUACAUAGUUGCCCUUCCAUUUAAUGAGAACAAAGAGCGCUUAGGAUAUUCACGCGCCAGAGCUAUGAAACGGUUCAACGCACUUCAACGCCGUUUCAAGCAAGAUUCUCUCUUCAAGGAACGCUACACAGCAGUCAUGCAGGAAUAUCUGGACCUCGGACACAUGUCACUAGUACAAGAUCCAACAGAUACCGAUGGUUUCUUUUUACCUCAUCAUGCAGUAAUCAAGGAAACCAGCAUGACGACGAAGCUUCGUGUAGUCUUCGAUGGUUCGGCAAAAACCGACUCUGGGAUCUCUCUCAACGAAACCCUUAUGGUCGGUCCAACCAUUCAAGACGAUCUGGUGUCGCACAUACUACGAUUUCGUCUCCACAAUUAUGUGUUAAGUGGUGACAUCGAGAAAAU